AAUGGCACAAACAGAACCUAAUCUGGACCAUGACGUAUCGUGGUUCCUCCUUCCGUCAUACUGGGCUAAAAUGGUUGUGGCAUUAAUUUCCUUCCUCUGUUUUGCUAACAGCUACGAUGGAGAUUUUGUCUUUGAUGAUUCUGAAGCCAUCAUCAAUAAUAAGGACCUCAGGGCAGAAACCCCACUUGGUGACCUGUGGCAUCAUGACUUUUGGGGUAGCAAACUCAGCAGCAAUACCAGUCAUAAGUCAUAUCGACCACUAACUGUCCUAACUUUCAGAAUUAAUUACCUUUUUGCUGGAGGCUUCUACCCAGUUGGUUUCCAUGUCAUCAAUAUAAUACUGCAUUGUACUAUCUCAGUGUUGAUGGUUGAUGUGUUCUCCAUUUUAUUGGGUGGACUGCAAUUCAGUAAUAAAGGAAGAAGGCUAAACCUGGCUCCAAAGACAUCUCUUCUAGCUGCUUUGCUGUUUGCUGUACAUCCAGUGCACACCGAAUGUGUUGCUGGGAUUGUUGGCAGAGCAGACCUACUGUGUGCCCUGUUCUUUUUGUUGUCGUUCCUUGGCUACUGUAAAGCAUUUAGAGAAAGCAAUAAGGAAGGACAUAAUUUUUCUAUGUUCUGGGUGCUGGUGAGUGUUAUCCUAGGUGCAAUAGCCAUGCUGUGCAAAGAACAAGGAAUUACAAUACUGGGUUUGAAUGCAGUGUUUGAUGCACUGGUGAUUAACAAGCUAAAUGUUUUGGAGCUUAUUCAAAAGUUACUACAUAAGGACAAGUCAUUGGAGAAUGCUGGGCUGUUAAGAAAGGGGCUGCUUUUCAGGAUAACUCUUCUGAUGUCUGGAGGGGCCAGUAUACUUUAUAUACGCUGGAGGAUUAUGGGCACAGGGCCACCGGCUUUCACUGAAGUAGACAACCCAGCUUCAUUUGCAGACAGUCUGUUUGUGAGAGCUAUAAACUAUAAUUACUACUAUUCAUUGAAUGCAUGGUUGCUGUUGUGUCCCUGGUGGCUGUGUUUUGAUUGGUCAAUGGGCUGCAUACCCCUCAUUAAAUCUGUCAGCGACUGGAGGAUAAUUGCACUAGUAGCACUUUGGUUCUGCCUAAUUGGUCUGAUAUGCCAAGCUCUGUGCUCAGAAGACAGCCAUAAGAGAAGAAUUCUUACACUGGGACUUGGAUUUCUUAUUAUCCCUUUUCUUCCUGCAAGUAACCUGUUCUUCCGAGUAGGAUUUGUUAUUGCAGAGAGAGUCAUCUACCUCCCCAGUAUUGGAUAUUGUGUUCUGUUUACAUAUGGAUUUAGUCUCUUGAGUAAGCAAGCCAAGAAAAAGGUACCAUCAAAACAGUCAGUAAAGUUGAUGAUGAAGCUACUUGGAAUCUUGCUGAUAAAUGUUAUGCGCUGUGCACUCCGCAGCAGUCAGUGGAGGUCAGAAGAACAGCUUUUUAGGAGUGCACUGUCUGUGUGCCCUCUGAAUGCAAAAGUGCACUACAAUGUUGGCAAAAACCUGGCUGAUAAAGGAAAUCAAAGUGCUGCAAUCAAAUACUACAGAGAAGCUGUAAGGUUGAAUCCUAAAUAUGUACAUGCCAUGAACAACCUUGGAAAUAUUCUGAAAGAACGAAAUGAGCUCCAAGAAGCAGAGGAGUUGCUGUCCUUAGCUGUACAAAUACAACCUGAUUUCGCUGCUGCAUGGAUGAAUCUAGGAAUAGUACAGAACAGUUUAAGAAGGUUUGAAGAGGCAGAGCAAAGCUACUGGACAGCAAUUAAACACAGGAAAAAAUAUCCAGACUGUUACUACAAUUUAGGGCGGUUGUAUGCAGAUUUGAAUCGCCAUAUAGAUGCAUUGAAUGCAUGGAGGAAUGCUACAGUUCUGAAACCAGAGCAUACUUUGGCUUGGAACAAUAUGAUCAUAUUGCUUGAUAACACAGGCAAUCUAGCUCAAGCAGAAGCAGUUGGAAGAGAGGCCCUGGAGUUAAUACCUAAUGAUCAUUCCCUUAUGUUUUCAUUGGCAAAUGUACUGGGGAAAUCGCAAAAAUAUAAGGAAUCUGAAGCUUUGUUCCUCAAGGCAAUUAAAGCCAAUCCAAAUGCUGCCAGUUAUCAUGGUAAUUUGGCUGUGCUUUAUCAUCGCUGGGGAAAUCUUGACUUAGCAAAGAAGCACUAUGAAGUCUCUCUAAAGCUUGAUCCUAUGGCACCCGGGACCAAGGAAAACUACAACCUCUUAAGAAGAAAACUGGAGCAAUUGCAAAAGAAAGGCAGUCCCUGAUGUUUCUUUUCAGGUUGUCCGUGCAUGCUGUUUAUGAUUAAUGUUACAUGGGUACUUUUGACCAUGUAAAGGAUUCAGUCAUUAUUUCUCAAAAAUAAUACCACCACCAGCACUGCACACUUCA